AUGGCGGGUAGUUUGAACAUUUCCCGCGAGCAAAAAGAAGAUACAAUUGUACAAAUUCUAGAAGAUGCUUGCUCAAUAGAGAAAAUUGAAAACACCUACCGAUGCAUUAGAAUAAAGGAUGUAUCCCAAAAUAUGGAUUUUUCCACAUGCAUGGUGAAAGGUAAAGAUUCAGCUGUGAGUGCUGAUUGUGACUCGCAAUUUGAUAUCCGUACUAUUUAUAUCCUCCUUAUUGUAAUCUUUAUGCUAUGUUUGCACUGAAAGAGCAUUUCUGGACACUUCUUUUACACAGGUGUGUUGAUCACAGUAUACCCAAUUUUCCAGAGAUCUACAGGUUGGGUGAUGAAACUUUCUAUCAAAGAUGUUAAUUCUGGCUCACCAGAUGUCAUCUCAGUCUUUCUGAGGGGGAAAUUUGUAGAGAAGUGUAAGACGGUGAAGGAAAAAGACGUGCUUAUGAUAAAAGGAGCAAAGGUUGAAAGUUCACCAAGGGAAGGUCAUAGAUUUGAAAUCAUUGGUGACGAAAAAAGCUGUAAAUUUCUCAAAGUAUGGGUUGUGCGAGAUUCUAAUAACAUGUUAAACGCAGGUAGUAAUAUUGUUCGGAGACCUCUGCCUCUUGCAUCAGAAUGUGCAGCGUUUGUCAGAGCAGAAAAGACAGGAAGUGAACCACCAAGCAAAAGGAGCAGGCUUGUCCUACAACCUCAAAUUGUGAAAUACACAAAGCUGGCAGAUAUACGUGCUAACACCACUGUUAAUGUAUUUGGUGUGGUGAAGUUCUUUAAGAGCCCCUUCAAGACCAAGGGCUCUGAUUUUGUCUGCUCAUUAAGCUUAGUCGAUCCCUCUCUGGCUUCCCUUGAAGAAAGUUUUAAGUUGGUGCUCUUUUCAAAGUCAAAGGAAAGGUUGCCAUUGAUUAGAUCUGUAGGAGAUAUUGUGCGUUUUCAUGGCGUUGCUGUUGGCAAUUUCAAAGGAGAGAUGCAAGGAAAGUUCUUACCUGAAUCAACCUGGUAAGUUUAUUUUAGGAACACUUGGUCUUAGCAGUAUUCAGGAUGUGUCUUAUAUGUGAACUUCGUAACAGGCCUCACUCACCAUAGAGUCUCUGUGGCUCAGUGGUAGAGCAUUGGAGCAUGAAAUCCAAUGGUCUGAUGUUUGAUUUUUCAUGGGGACUCAGAAUUUUUCCUGUGUACCACAUUCGUGACAAGACAAAAAACAUCUUUUUUUACCUGGUAUUAUUAACCAACUGCUCUAAGAAGAGUUCAAAUAGCCUUCAGAUCAAGGCUGCUACAUAUGUCACACAAAGUCCCAGAAUUUUGAGAAUAGCUGUGAAUCUAGUUAACCCUUUAUUUUUGGUCAUCAUUUUCAGGCUUGUAUUUGACAUAAAUUGCACAGAUAACCACCAAGCACGGGCAUCAUCAUCAAAAUCGUACAAUUUGACAGAACAAGAAAAAGAUGCAAUUGAGGAAUUACGAUUGUGGGCAUUGCAGAAGGAAUCUCUAAACAAGAAGUUUGUCAUUACUAACCUGAAAGACUUGAGCACAAGUCAGACAUUUGUAAACCUUCUCUGCCAAGUUGUGACAAAAAGUUACACUGAAGCUAGCGAUGGUAUUGCUUUGACUCUAUGGGAUGGAUCACCCCCUGCCUGUCAAUCAACUUCAGUGGAACCACUCAGUGAACAGGGAGAAUUAAAAUCAGAGGAGCUCAUUCACAAGUCAGCUGGCAAAUGUGUAGAGGUGUUUCUAUAUGACAAUCAUGUAGAGGGGGAGGUCAGAAAAGUCAGUCCUGGCGAUUUUGUCUGCAUCAGAAAUGUUCAUAUCAAAGAGCUGGAAGCCAAUGGUGAUAUGACAACAGAUAAGCCUGAGGUAACAGACCUGAUUAUUUCUUAACUGUGUUUUGCUAUUAUUUCAAAGCUAUCAGAUGUUAGAAUAAAUCCUCUAGUUUCCUGUCACAACUCUGCAAUCAAAUUGGUCUAAACUCGCUAUUGAUUCCUUGAUAGAUGAGGAGGUAAAUUAGUAGCCUAACAGUGUUUGUGUUGGUAAAUAGAAUAAGAAAAAUGCUAAAUUUUGAGCCUGGUAAAGAUAGAGUGAAUUUUUUUUUCUCUUGUCACAAGCAUGGGAUAAAGACUGCAAAGAUCAGCAAUGUCAAUCGUCAUAUUUGUAGAUAGAAUGAGAUGUUAGAUUUUGAGCUGGGUAAAGAAAUAGCAAAAGAUUUGAGUGUUACUUUGUAAAAAUGUAAUGUUUGUUAAAAAAACUAAACUAAAAACAUAAGCUUGUCUUGUUGAGUUUUGAAUGACUAGCCAAUUUAUACCAAAGCAAUUGGUUUGAUUUGUUCUUUCAUCAGUUGGUGCUGUCUCGCCCUCAUGUUAGUCUCAUAGUACACGGAGGUACAAUAUGUGGGCGUGGUGUGGAGAUUGUGUCAAUGAGCGAUCCCAUGGUUUCAGUAAGCUCCACAUUGAAGUUGGUUGCUGAAGCUGAAGCAGAAGCUUCAGUGACCCACCAGAAUACAGAACAACAAUCAGAAGCCAUAGAGAAUGGAUUUGUUGAUGUUCAUGACGGACCCAAAACAACUGACCACAGUGGAAUUCAACAAGAAAUGGAGAACUUUAACAAAAAGAAGGAAAGUAACUCUUUGACCACAAAUGAAAUGAACCGGGCACUUCAGACAUCGUGUACAAUAACAGAGCACCCUAGCAUUGCUUUCAGUUCUUUGAAAGAGAUCAAGACAUACAAGACUGUUCCAUACAAAUUUCGCUGUAGAGUCAAGGCAAUGAUGUAUUUACCAUCAGAUGUGAAGUCUUUCAUACAGAGAUCUUGUCAGUCUUGUAAAUACUUACCUCAAGAAAGUUCCAGUUCUGUUUGUUCUGCUGCCGACAGUGAUGUCAUCUCAUGCUCUUUGUGUGGUCAGGAGAUGACUCUUUCUUAUUUGUUUUCAUUUGUUCUUGAGGAUGAUUCUGGCCUUCUCCAUGCAUUGGUCUUUGAUAAGGAUGCAAAAACUUUCUUUGCUGGUCUUCCACCGCCAGAAGAAUUUUUAGUCCAAGCAUCUUUUCAAAACACCAUCCAGGAACAUAUGCUGUUCAUGACAAAUAAUCCAAAUAACUCUAUUGAAUGUGUGUACCAAGAUCCAAAGGGUGAUAAAAGACCAUGGUUAGAACUCUGCAUAUUUUCAUAUCUCCCUGAUAAAGACUGCAGAAAGGUUCAGUAUCGAGUGUUUGAUUCUACAUUUGUCCAUGACAGUUGA